CAAGCACACUCGCAGCUAUAUAAUAAGGAUUGAGGGGACCAAGGGCCACAGUGACAAUGGCGGAUCUCAGGGUGGUUCUGGUGCUGACAGCUCUCUGCAUUGGGACAGCCGUUUCCCUGACGUGCUACACUUGCAGCGGGCAGAGCACCAACACCAACUGCAUGACUGCGACCAACUGCACCGCCUCCCAGACCUACUGCAAGACGUCCGUGAUCGCUGGGGGCAUCGGUAGUUUAUCGGCCGCCACCAUCACUAAGUCGUGUGAGUCCAUUUGCACUUCGGUCAGUUUGAGCGCCAUCGUGGUUUCCACCUCAGUCUCCUGUUGCAGCACCGACCUGUGCAACACCAGCGGCGCCGCCGGAAUCAAACCCAGUUCCAUUGGCCUCGCUCUGUCCCUGGGCUUUGUGCUCCUUCUGCUCAGAAAGUCCUCCUUGUGAUUCCUGCAUCCUGAUUGGCUCCUCCUACUGUCCAACAACAUACGCCGGAUUAAAGAAUAUUAACCGGGGUUAUGGAAAACUAUACCAUUGAAUAAUGUAUAAUAAUAAACAUAUAUUGCAUAAAACAGCUCAUAUGUAAAACCAUCUUCAUUAAUGAUUGGGUAAUCCUAAAUAGGAACCUGCCACUUUAAGAAUUAAGGGCCGCCCCCUGGGAUCAUAGGAGUCACAGUGCACACAGAGCUGCAUCACUUCCUGUCAGCUGAUCUCUGAGGGAGCACACAGCCCAUCACUAAAUGGCGGCUCAAGGGAAAGGAUGUAAAAGGGCAAUAUUUACUGAUAUAUAUAUAUUCCAGUUUGGGGAGAUUCUUUAAUAGGCCACUUAACAUAAUAUAAACUGUCUGUUGGUUACGUAUUCAUUCUGGGGGGGAUAGUUUCCCUUUAAAUACCUUGUGAACUCCAUUGUGAUUCUACCAAGAAACCUGCUAUUUUAUCUGUUUCCUUUAACUGUAUCCAUGAGGCAUCUCUACAGCCUCUGCACCUUCAUUAACCCUGCCCUUUAUUAAUUUAGUUGCCUUUCCCUGUAUUUUUUGUUUUAUUUUAAUAAUCAUCCUUAAUAACAAUCUGAGACCCAAACGAACCCACCUACUUAUAUAACAGAAUAAAUAAACAUACAUUUCAUGUAA